AUCACUUCCUGGAGUGUUGCGGCUUUGUUGUGCAUCUGUCAGUCUGCUUGCUGAAAGGUUCACAGCUGCUCCUCGUUCAUUUUAUAUUAUCCUAACCGUCAUAAUGAAGAUAGCAGCCUUCAAUGUCAAGAACCUGGGACAGAAGAAAGUCAAAGACCCGACUGUCAUCCAACCACUCACCAAGAUCAUGUCUCAGUACAGCGUGGUGGUGCUUCUGGAGGUGAUGGAUCAGAGCGGCAAAGCCAUGAACACGUUACUUCAAAACCUCAACAGCACACAGAGGCAUCCCUACUCCAUGAUCUCCAGUGACCAGCUGGGACGAGACACCUACAAGGAGAAGUUUGUCUAUUUCUACAGAAAGAAGGAGGUAACGGUGACCAACACUUACCAGUAUGAAGACAAUCAGGUUGGAGAUGAAGACGCUUUCGCCAGGGAGCCUUUCGUCCUGCGCCUCAGCUGCCCCUCUACAGCCGUGAAGGACCUGGUCCUGAUCCCGGUCCACACCAAACCUGAAGACGCAGAGAAGGAGCUGGACGAGCUGUACGACGUGGUGGAUGCUGUUCGCAAAAGAUGGAAGACUAAAAACAUCAUGAUUUUAGGAGAUUUUAACGCAGAUGGACGAUAUCUCUCCAAGAAGAAGAGGGAAAAGAUCCGUAUCUACUCUGCUCCUUACCAUUGGCUGAUAAGCGACGACGUCGACACUACGAGUAGUAACUGUAACGACAACACCUACGACAGAAUCGUGGUGUAUGGAGACACCAUGCUCAACGCUGUUGUCCCCAACUCAGCCAAGGCUUUCAACUUCCAGAGAGUGUUCGGUCUGAGUGAUAAGGACGCUCUCAUGAUCAGUGACCAUUACCCAGUGGAGGUGACGCUGAAGACCGACUCAGAGUACAAAAAACCGAAACCAAGAAAGAUAGCUGUGCCCCGGACGACAAAGACACCAUCCGCCAAAGGAGCAAGUCAGAAAAGAGUGAAAUCAACAGGACCACCGAAGAAGAGGGUGGCUGCCAAGAGGAAGCGAGGACAACUGUCCAACUAGUCCAAGUAGAAAAGACGUGUUAAAUAAACAAAGCAUUAAAUGGAAAUGUGUUUCUUUUCCAUUGACUGAAUGUGACGUUGAAUCAAUUGCUUGUUUGAUUAAUUAAUACCGUUUUAAAUGCUGUUAGGAAAGAAAGAAAUUAGUUCUUAUCAAAAUGAUAAAUAAAGACACCGAUG